AUGUCAUCGUUACACUUAAACGGUCACACGUCAAAUGACUCGGAUAGUGAACGAAUGGGCAAAGCCACAUGUGACCAAACUGAGAUGAAUGUGGAAAGUCAAGACUGUCCAGAGGAACUGAUAAAGAGCGAGGAAGAGGCUUGUGAACACACGCAGGACAGUCUGAACUCGUCACCGUGUCUCAAGAAGCUGGCAGAGAGCUUCAAUGAGGGCACUGAUAAUCCCAUUAUUGAUGGGAUGAAUGCUGUCAAGGAAACCAAGUCAACAUCAGGAGACAAGACAGCAACAGAUUUGGAAGAAUUGCUUGUAUCUCUACAGCAUCUGCAGGAGCGUCUAACUGAUGGUGAAAGUCAAGAGGACAUUCAGUUGCUCAUGGAGCUUCUGCUGCAGAGUGAUUUUCAGCAGGCGUUCAGUAUGCACCGGAGCGUUGCUCUGAGCACGAGACACCUCUGCCCACCGUACCCCCUCACCGCACAUGCUCAACAGAUCAGGGAAGAGGUGGAGAUCGUCCUGCAGAGCAGUAAAGAGACCGAUGCCACAGAACUGGCAGACCUGUUGACUUCACCGCAUGUACGGGCCCUGAUGGAAGCUCAUGACUGUAUUGCCGAGCAGGAGAUUGAUGUUGAUUCUAAUGAAGCGGAGAGCCAGUUUGGGAAGACCACAAAACUGGUGUGUUUGGAGAAAACUCGUCACAUGCCUCUGGGACUCACUGUUCGAAAUGAACAUGACCGUGUGAUCGUCAGUCGGGUGGUCAGUGGUGGAACGGCGGAGAAAAGCAGUCUGCUCAGUGAAGGAGAUGAAAUCCUCGAGAUCAACGGUGUUCCGGUUCGUGGAAAAAGUGUCAAUGACGUUCACGACAUUCUGUCCAGCAUGCACGGGCCUCUCACGUUUCUACUCAUCCCAAACUCCCAAAACAAAAUAUCCCCUCCCACACAGACUGUGAUGCAUGUGAAGGCUAACUUUAACUAUGACCCAUCUGAUGACCGAUAUGUGCCGUGCAGAGAGCUAAGUCUGUCCUUCCAAAAGGGAGACGUCCUUCACGUAAUUAGCCAAGACGACCCUGACUGGUGGCAGGCGUACAGGGACGGAGAUGAAGACCAGAAGCCUCUCGCUGGUCUUAUACCUGGGAAGAGCUUUCAGCAGCAGAGAGAAGCCAUGAAGAAAACCAUUACAGACAGGAAUCAAGAACAAAAAGGGAAACUUUGGUGUGCCAGGAAAAAUAAAAACCAACGAAAAAAACUCUUGUAUAACCCGAAUAAAAAUAUUGACCAUUACAGUGAAGAUGUUCUGACCUAUGAGGAGGUGGCGUUAUACCACCAGCCAUCCAACCGCAAGCGUCCCAUUGCCCUGAUUGGUUCACUGAACAGUGGACAUUAUGAGCUGAAACAGAGACUGCUGUCAUUGGAGCCCGCCCAAUUCGCCAGCGCUGUUCCACACACCACACGAAACCCACGCAUGAACGAGGUGAACGGAAGGGAAUAUCACUUUGUUUCACGGCAGAAGUUUGAAUCUGACUUGAGUGCAGGGAAAUUCAUUGAGUCGGGCGAGUUUGACCAGAAUCUUUACGGAACAAACACAGAUUCUGUUCGGCAGGUCAUCAACGCUGGAAAAAUCUGUGUGCUGUGUCUGCACCCCAGGUCCCUGCAGAUGCUGCGUUCCUCUGAUCUCAAACCUUACGUCAUCUUCAUCAGGCCUCCUUCCCCUCCUCUUCAUCCUCCUCAGGAGCGACGGCCCACCCUGUUGACCAGAGGAGGGAAAAAACACACGCCAGGGGACGGCACACAGAUCUCGGAGAAGGAUCGUGAGAUGGAGCACAGCUACGGUCACUUGUUUGACAUCUUCAUUACAAACAGCGAUCAGGACAAGAGCGUCUUUGAGCUCCUGCGACUUAUUGAUAAACUGGACACUGAACCGCAGUGGGUUCCAUCGGCAUGGGUUUGUUAAAGCUCUCUCACUGACUCAAGAACAGCUUCUAUGGUCGAAAUGGCUUGCUACUACUGUAUACUACUCAAACUAUUUUUUGCAGUAUGCAUAUUUUUUUUAAUAUUUGCUGCAAUUUCUAACACAAUCUCAUUAUUUGACGGGACUGACAAAGGUUAAAACAUUUACAUGCAACAUUAACAUUAAAAUGUAUAACACGCAACAUAGUGAAGUCAUGUGACAUACAUUAUUGCAUACUUUACAGUAUGCACACUAGUAUUCCAUCCAGAACACAUCCAUGAUGGUUUGUGGGGAUUUCCACAAUAGUGUUUUAUUAUAUUUUGUGCUUUUUGUUUUUGAUCUGUAACAUAAAAAAAGCCAUUCUAGAAAUUAUUAUAUAUAGAUUAUCACACAUAACUUUGUGAAUUACUGUUGCAGUUUGUAAAUAAAUGGGUGGAUGAACAUACAUUUAAUCUCAACUUUUCCUCAGAUUUGUCUAGAUGUCGUUUUCUAAUAACUGUAUGACCCUUGGAGAUUGUUCUAGAUCCGACAGCAUUAACUCUGAAUGUUUUCUUUACUGCUGAAUGUAUAAUUUGGCAUAAUACACUUGAUCUAAAACAAGUUUUUCAUUAUAGAGGUUCAAUUAAAAUGUGCAGUAUUUGAGUAAUGUUUGGUAACUGGUUGUGUUCUCCAGGGUGCCCACUCGUCCUGGAAUUUUGCAAUGUAGUUUUCCAGUCAUGGAAAAUUCAUGGAAAAUUGGAAAAAUAACUAAAUGUCCUGGAAAAUGAUUAUUUGUCCUGGAAAAUAUUUUUGGCUAAAACUGUUUGAUUGUGUAAAACACAGUAACGAUCGGAACUUGGAAAUAGGAGUCAAAUACACACAUUUUUAUCAUUUUGUCACUAUGUGUGCAUUGUGAAACAACGACAACAAUUAACUGUCAUGAACAAAUCUCUGUCAUUUCUAUCUGUAUAGCACUGUUCAUCUCUGCUUUGCUAAGACAACAUUGUUCAUGUAUUGCUAUACACCGAUCACCCACAACAUUAAAACCACCUGUCCAAAACAGCGCCAACCCGCAUCUCAGAUUAGCAUUCAGAGAUGAUAUUCUUCAGCACAAUUGUACUGAGUGGUUAUCUGAGUUACCGUAGACUUUAUCAGUUUGAACCAUUCUGGUCAUUCUCUGUUGACCUCUCUCUCAUCAACAAGUUUGACACCAACAAUCAUGCCACUGUCCAAAUCACUGAGAUCAAAUUAUUCCCCAUUCUGAUGGUUGAUGUGAACAUUAACUGAAGCUCCUGACCCGUAUCUGCAUGAUUUUAUGCACUGCACUGCUGCCACACCAUUGGCGGAUUAGAUAAUAGCAUGGGUGAUUUUUUUGUGUCAGACGGGCUGGUUUGAGUAUUUCUGAGAUUUUCACAUGUCUCUAGAAUUUACUCCGAAUGGUGCCAAAAACAAAAAGCAUCCAGUGAGCGGCAGUUCUGUGGACGGAAACGUCUUGUUGAUGAGAGAGGUCAACAGAGAAUGGCCAGACUGUUUCAAACUGAUUAAGU